GAGAAAGAAGAGUCAAAACCAUUUUUUUUACAGUCUAUGGUGUAAACAGAAGGAUAUGGCCGACGAGAGGGGUGCAGGCGACAACAAUAUCAACGACAACAUGGGCAACCAACUACAACUCUUACCCGAAAAUGAAGAGGAAGAGGAGAAUGAGAUGGAGACUGAGGACCGUGACAGUGAGGAUGCAGAAAAACCAAACAUAAACUUUGACCCCAGUCUUCCAACUUCACAUGCUUACCUGGGCUCAGACAUGGAGGAGUUUCAUGGGCGCACAGUGCACGAUGACGACAGCUGCCAGACCAUCCCAGUGCUGCCGUUCACAGCUGUCAUGCUGAUCCCAGGACAGACCCUGCCGCUGCAGCUCUUCAGACCACAGGAGGUCAGCAUGAUGCGAAGCAUUAUCCAGAGAGACCGCACCUUUGCUGUUCUUGCACACAGUGAAACAGGCGAGGUGCAGGCAGAGUUUGGGACGACGGCUGAGAUCUAUGCUUACCGGGAGGAGCAGGAGUACGGCAUUGAGACAGUCAAAGUGAAGGCAGUCGGGCGGCAGCGGUUCAAGGUCCAUGAGAUCAGAACACAAGCAGAUGGAAUCAGACAGGCCAAGGUGCAGAUCCUCCCCGAGCGGAUCCUUCCAGACCCCCUGACUGCAGUGCAGCUCACGCCCCUGUCCCGCCUCCACAUGCACCCCUCCUCCAGACCCCCUGCCCAGAGCUGCAAACAGGCCCAGCGCUGGUGGGCCACCUACCGCCAGAGGAAGUUCCACUGUGCCAACAUGACCUCGUGGCCUCCCUGGGUCUACGCCCUCUAUGACUCUGAGACUCUAAUGAAGAGAGUGAAGAGACAGCUCCAUGAGUGGGACGAGAACCUCAAGGAUGAUUCCCUCCCCACAAACGCUAUAGAUUUCUCCUAUAGAGUGGCUGCCUGUCUGCCCAUAGAUGAUGCCCUUCGGCUCCAGCUGCUGAAGAUUGGCAGUGCCAUCCAGAGGCUGCGCUGUGAGCUGGACAUCAUGGCCCGGUGCACCUCGCUGUGUUGCAAGCAGUGCCAAGAUACAGAGAUCACCACCAAGAACGAGAUCUUCAGCCUGUCUCUGUACGGCCCCAUGGCAGCCUACGUCAACCCCCACGGCUACGUCCAUGAGACCCUGACCGUCUACAAAGCCAGCAACCUCAACCUGGUCGGUAGGCCGUCCACGCUCCACAGCUGGUUUCCAGGGUAUGCCUGGACGAUUGCUCAGUGUCGUACCUGUGCUUCACACAUGGGAUGGAAGUUCACAGCCACCAAGAAAGACUUGUCCCCUCCUCGUUUCUGGGGCUUGACCCGCUCGGCCAUGCUGCCCCGCAUCCCCCAGACUGAGGGUGAGGAGGGGGAUGAGGGCUCCCGCCUGCUCUGCCUGUGACAACAUGGGGAACUCCCCUCCCCACCCCCCAUGUCCCCAAUGGCUCUUCGAUCGCCCCACCCUGUCCACUGGGCAAGGGUGUAUCUCUAUUUUAGUAAUCGAGGCGUCCCGCCCAACCCCUGACAGCCAUUGCAGCACAUUCAUCAUAUUAGUGUAAAGGUCAUCCUGCUUUAAAAUGGCAUUUUCUAACAUAGAGAGGGGGGAGGGGGGCA